GUGUGUUAUUUUUUAACGUAUAUAAGAGAGUACCGUUCCGAAUUUUGGCAGUGGCACGUGCCUGCAUUCCUCUCCUCCACAUCACGCGAACCGCCGCCCACCAGCCGGUCACCUGCAAUCCCAACGCCGCCCCAUCUCUGCACGCGAACCACGCCGCCCAUCUCUUCCCUCAAUCUGCUUCAAGUGAAGGGAGGGAGGUGAAUUAAUAGUUUUCGGCAGAUAUGGUUUCCUUCGAAAUGAAUGACCGCAAGAAGAUUGGGCUAGGACUUACAGGAUUUGGGGUAUUUUUCUCAUUCCUCGGAAUUGUCUUCUUUUUUGACAAGGGAUUACUUGCUAUGGGAAAUAUCCUGUUCUUCUCAGGAGUAACUCUCACCAUUGGACUAAAGUCAACCAUGCAAUUCUUUAUGAAACGUCAAAAUUUUAAGGGAACAAUUUCUUUUGGUUUAGGGUUCUUUUUUGUUAUCAUAGGAUGGCCAAUCUUUGGCAUGAUAUUGGAAGCAUAUGGUUUCGUUGUCCUUUUCAGUGGCUUCUGGCCAACAUUGGCAGUCUUUCUUCAGAAAAUUCCUGUUCUUGGAUGGUUAUUUCAGCAACCAUAUGUCAGAUCGUUCUUCGACAAAUAUCGGGGUAGACGUGUACCUGUUUGAGCCAGGGAUGUUAUAAAUUGGUUUGUAGGUGAACUUGUAAGUUGUAAACCACUCUUGCUUGGAAGACCCAGUCUUUGUUCAGAUGGGGAGAGUAGAAGAAGCUUCGUUGGCAGUUGAUAAUGAUGAGAAUGGGAUUGCUUUGUUAUCCAAAAAAAAGAAAAUAAAGGAAAAAGAAAAGAAAGAAAGAACUAACAAACAAACACAAACUCUUUUUUCUUUUCUUUUCUUUUUGGUUUUUGAUAAUUUCAUUUGUGUAAAAAGUACUCGUGACGUGUAGCUGAAAAUUCUAUAGUUGUUAAUUUUCAAAAUUCUUAGAUGCCAUUCUUUGUAUUUUAGUUGGAUGAGGAAAGGAUAUGUGGUGAGACUUCUAUAGCUUACUAAGGUGGAUUUCUAUAUAAUACUAAAAAAAAUAUUGAUGUAUGUAUA